AAAUAUAUGAAUCAUUUUAAGUCACUUUUUUGCUGUAAAAUUGUGCAAUAGAUUUGCCCCUGGUUAUGGUGGCCAUUUCACUGUGUAUCGCUGCUGGGAAAGAAGGGAUACAAAGCUAUACCAGUAACAAAUUUUGUUGGAUGUCCUCAGAGAACAAUCUGAUUUGGAUAUUUGUCACAUUCGUGAUUACAAUUAAUGUGAUCAACUUGAUGAUACUCGUACGAGUCAUUAAGGAGAUGACCACUAUGCAGUCAACAGGAGACAAGCAAAGUCAACAAAUACGAAUUGGCAUUAGAGCAUGCGUGGUGAUGAUUCCCCUUCUGGGUGUCACGUGGCUAUUUGGUCUUUUGUCGCCAUUACACAUAGCUUUUUCCUACAUUUUUAACAUCCUCAACUCUACACAGGGCUUCCUGAUUUUCGUUCUUCACUGUUUGCGAAACAGCCAGAUUCGAGAGCGAUUCAAAAGAAAGGCGAACACCAUUUUUCCAUCUACAAACAGUGGAAACUCCACAAAGAAGAAUUUACAGAUUAAUCCAAGCGAUGUUGGUGAUAUGUGGGUAGCUGAAUUGCAGUCUUGCAAUGAAUUUGAGCUCAGUGAAAAACCCUCAACAUUAAAGAAUAGAUUCAACAGAGCGAGUACAAAAUUCAACUGUCUCAUUGUUUAAUACGAUCAUUCUAAGCACGGUAGUUAAUCUAUAGCGAUUUUUAUUUUCGAUCUGUUAAUAAAAUGUCGGUAGUUUCGAUUGCACCAUUAGCUGGGUAAAUAAAUCGUUUAUAAGAUGUCAGUAACUGCUGAUAUCUGGAUCAAGGAUUCUAAUUCGAUAAUAAGGCAACUUGCCAAAGUCGGUAGCCUUUAUUGGUUUUUUUUAAAGCUAAGUGCAAGAAAUGUAAACUUUUAAAUUUAAAGUAUGUAAUUUUUUUACUAUCGUAUUAAUAUGGGAAACUUCGCCUUAGUUGCGAGCUAAAUUGUUCGUAACUAGCUUAGAGGCUAGCUGUCGAUCAAUGUUAGAAUUCUUCAUAGUGUGUCUGUCACAUAUUGGUGUAUCUGUUCCUCUUAUGAUUGCCCCAAGCUAUUUCGUUGGAUUGUGGCGGAAAUUCAUAUGAUGCAUCAUGUCGAGGCUGAUUGUCUUCAAACAGUCGUCUGUUUAACAUUGAUUAUGAUACGUAUUUUAUUAUCUCGUCUUUGAAUUCUAUUAUGCAAUUUCUACUUUUUUAGGAGUUAAACUCCCUGUAAAAUACCAAAUACUAUUUGCUUGUGUAAUAGUAGUAGUUACAGCUGACUGUUAAAUUUUG